AUGAGCUCCCUCCUCCACCCCAUUCACUCGGCGAGCCAGAAAUGUCGACCUAAGCAUCAAGUCCUGGUCCUCAAGUGCUAUCCCAAAUACCAAAAGACCGUCCAAGAAGUCAAGCCAAAUGCCUCUGAGUUGAGCUAUCUCCUCUACUACGCAAGCACGCGCCGUCACAAGCUGCAGAAAGUCGGCGCAUUUCUAGAAAAGAAGAAUGCUCACGAUGUCUGGAAGGCAAGACUUGGUAAUGUCCAAAUCACUCUUCAGAUCCUCGCCGCCAUCAUCGAAAAAGCCCCCCGCGACAUCUCCCUGUACGCCCGAUCCGUCCUGAUCAUUCUCGACUCCGUCCUUCGAUCCAAAGAUGUAAAUAUGGUAGAAGAGUCGGUUCCCACCUUUGAGGCUUACUGUAAGCAUGUCGAUGCUGCUUCUCUUACUGCCGAUCAACAGCGUGCUCAGCAAUACCUUACCAUUGUUCAACUAUAUGCGGGAUAUGCCGCCAAGCAAGUCCCUGUAAGUAAACAGCCUGGCGAUUCUAUCCCUGUGUCCCUGCGAUGGCGCACCCUCGGUCUUCGCGCUAUCCGAGCCGUGGUCGCGUCCGAAGCAAUUGCCGCAGACUCCGGUCGUCAGCUCAACACCGUCAUGCCCGUCAUACUCGACAAUUUGUCUUUGGAGGAAGACAAUAUAUUGGCAUCUCUUCAUCAACGUGCCAAAACCAGCGAAAGAUCGGACGAUGAAACUGCGCGUAGGAGGCGCAUGAGCAUCGCUACCGUGACCACCGUCGACACUGCUGAGGGCGACCCCGCUACCGCAGUCGAAACAACAGCUGCAGCAGAUAAGGUGGCUGAAGAAGAAGUUCGAGCACUGGCCUUGAGAUGUCUGAAGCAGAUAUUCUCCAUCGGCAUAGGAAGCACCCGUGGCCAGACGAGGUUAGCGACUGCUUUGACCUUGAGGUUCAUUGCGGCGAAGAAUCCACCCAAAACAACUCCGGAUUUUGCUCGACAAGGGAACUGGGCAACAUCCUUAUUCGAGACAAUUGCGAGAUGGACUCCCGUACAGGAUCGCUUCAUUAUCGUGGUCACAGCCAUGGAAACUCUUGUCAGGAGUCCAACCACGGAAGAUGUGCUCGAGAAACAGCUCGUUCUCACCAUUCUGAUAGACUGGCUUCUCAGUUCGUCUAUCAACCUGAUUGGGUUAAGUGUUAUGGAUGUUUUGUUGGGUUUCAUUUACCACAUGCUAGCUUUGCUUCAAUUAGGUGGUCCCAAUCCUCGGUUCAUCCCUGCUCAACCAAAUGACACAACCGGCUUUUUCCGCGAGAUAAAGGAAGCAUUCGAUCCCAGUACUGUUCUUAGCGGAUCUGAGAAACCGACGACAGCGUCGAAACCUGAGACGAAGCCCUCUGCAGUACGGCAAGAGCUGAUACUCCGGCUCCAGAAAUGCAUUGCUUCACUUUCCAACCAUAUCUAUUACACCGACCAAAUCAGUGAUAUGAUAGCUGCGAUUUUGGCUCGCCUCAAACCCUCCACCCAGUCCGAAGUCCCGAAUUCUGCCGCUGCAAUAAGUGAUCCUGCAGCAGCAGCAAAAGCGAUUGCCGAAUCUGCAAAUGUCCAAGAAGAUGCGUCCACUUCUUCUUUCUUCUCUUUCACCACUGCUAGGUUGACUGCCGUACAAAUCAUCAAGGAUAUUUUGUACCGUUCAAACAGCAGAAGAGGCCCUUCUGGGGCACCGAUCGAGGCUCGUUCUAGAGUCGGUGUGCAGGUCUGGGAAGGCACCCAAUGGCUUCUGAAGGAUGAAGACAAGGAAGUUCGAAUUGCGUAUAUCGAUGCGCUCCUAGCAUGGCUCAAGCUAGAGACUAAUAAAUCCGAUAUGUUAUUGCCUAAAGAUGGACAUCGAAAAGUGAGCCAGAACAAGAAAAACACGCUUCAACCUGGUGAGACGGUCGUUGCCAAACGUGCAGUGUCUGGAGCUUCACGAAAAGAAUCCAAGCCGGCAAGGUCCAACUUUCUGCAACUGUUGCAUUUGGCCAUCUAUGACAGCAUUCUUGAUGACCCUGAGAACGAAUCGAACACGCUCUUACUCUACCUCCUACUGACCAAGCUUGUCGAGAGACUCGGAGUCAACGCGGUCCGAACAGGAAUGCCCAUGAUUUUGCGUCUGCAAGAAACUGCCCUCAACGGAGAGGUGGUUUCUCCUCAUGGUCGAGUUUAUGUUGCAAGUAUUGUCAAUGGAUAUCUCUGGACGAUUGCCGAGAAAUUCGACUUCGAGGUCAGUCCAGUUGGUAAUGAAAUCAACGCCGAAAUUUCUAGGAGAAAACGCUUUGGGAUCUGGUUUGAUAAGGUCAAAUUCCCCGCUGUCCCUAUGGAUGACAUUCGCCAGAUACCGAUUGUCAGUGAGAAACGACCAGAAUACCCGGAUGAAGCUAUUAAGACGAUCAAGCCGUUCUUGUCGGUCAAGGAGGUCGUCGAUGAGAUAACUAUUGCUUAUGAUAAUUCACUUCUCACUCCCCCAACCUCAGCCCCUUCGUCUCCUGGCCGAGUGUUCUCCAUCCCGACACUUGGCUUCGGCUAUGGCUAUGGUAUCGCGGCGGGACCGAAGCCGUCCCGUGAAGAUCAACUUCCUCAAAAAGUCAAGGAUGAAAUGUGUGCUGGGUGGUCGAGAGAAGCAUGUAUUGCUGCGGUGGAGAAAGAAAGUGCUGCUUCUGUGACAGGGUCGCGUACGGGAGCUUCGUCCCUGCCGAAAGCUGCACAUCAUCUCGGUGUAAAUGGGGCUCACAAGCACAGUUCUACAAGUGGUCAAGAGUCCCCGGUCGCUGCAAAUGGGUCGACUACUCCGACAUUUGGACUACUUGGUGGAUUGGGUACACUCACAAGAAACAAAAGAGCAAGUGCCAAUGGCUCGCCUUCGAGACACGUCACUACUUCCAGUCGAGACUCAACUAUAAGAGUAACUGAUCUCAAACGCGCCUUGUCUAGCUAUGCUAGAAAUGGUACAAGACAUCAUAGUCCGCUACGCCGACCAACCAUAGGGUCCAGGAGGAGCACGGUUAGCAGUGGGACAAGUAGCAUGGUCAGUUGGACGGAAGCUGAUGAGGGCAACUUAUCGACUUUGGAUAUUGAUAACAGUCAAGCGAAUGGUCCCAGCAACGGCCCAAAUGGUAUCAGCUCUCGACCACAAACUGCCAGAUCCAGCAAAGCUGGCCCGGGUGAUGAAGGGGGCACAUUUCAUGAUCAGGCAGCUGUCCCAGCCCUCACAGCAGAUCCUCGACGAGAUUCAGACAUUCCUCCCGUGCCAAAGAUCCCAUCUACACUCAAUCUCCCCGGGACAUGGCCACGCGAUAUUUCUCCAGCUCGACCACUAGACGAACCAACCGAAGGAACGGCCGUGCAUGCACCAUCUGGGGCUAUCGAUGCUAGUGCUAGCCCCCAAUCCAAACGAGUAACAAGCGGAACAUACUCCUCUCCGCCCACGAGAGACGGCCAGACGAUGAAGAAAACCUCCCGGCCUGUGAGUCGAAAAAGCGCCGCCCCGACUCAUCCAGCACCGGUUGAAAAAUUCGACUUGGGUUCGUUGUUGGCGGGCAUUAGCCUGGGUACAGGCAAAAGCACGGAAGAAGUGAUAGAGAAGGAGGACAGCCGGUCAAGUCGUUUGAUCAAACCUCCUUAUUAA